ACAGGCACGAGGAUAGAUAAUACAAAGAGACUCUGCUGACUCAACCUUCACACAGAGAGACUAGACAGAAGCAACGUGAAGUGAAGUGUUUGCUCAGAUACAGAAAAGUGGAGAAGUUAAUCAUGCUGAGACCCAAAGAUCUCGGACAAGAUUCCGGGACCAAGACUUUCCUGGAUGCCAUGAACAGCGGCAAGGUCCACUUGGCACGUUUUGUCCUUGAUGCUCUGGAUGGAAGGAUUAUCAACUCCAAGACAGAGAAUGGCAAAACCCCACUAAUGUUUGCCAUUUCUCUGCCAGAUCCAGGGUUGAGAAUGAAAUUCACAAGGCUGCUUCUGGAGAAGGGGGCUGAUGUGAACUGCCAGGAGGGCCAGGGAAGGACAGCACUGAGCCUGGCUUGUGAACUGGGGCACCUGGAUGUGGUGAAGCUGUUGGUGCAGUUUAAUGCCGACCCUGAGAUCCAAGACGCCUGGGGAAACAACGCCCUGAUGUAUGCAGCCUGCUCCGGACACAGCCAAGUUCUGGAAUUUCUCAUCAGAGCUUUCAAGAGGCUCGGACUAAAGCUGGACAGGACCAACCAUGCUGGUCACUCGGCUAUCCAAGUGGCCAAUCUUUUUGGCCACAGCCAGUGUGUACAGGCAUUGAACAUCCCAGGAAACAAGUGCCCAGGGUCAGAAGACCAGCUGUUGGACAUGAAAAGUAAAGAGCUGGGAGAACCACAGAACCCAACCCGGCCGCCGAAGCAAGUGCUUGAAAGGUUCACAAAACAGUUUCAGGAUAAAUGCGAAGACCACCUCCCGACUCUGUUUCAAAAGCAACUGAGAGUGGGAGAUAGCAUCGGACUGAGGAAACGAGUUAAAGCUCAAAACCAGUCCCCAGAUAGAAAAUGUCAGCAUCAACCUUUUAUAAGUCAUCUGAAACAUGUGCUGCACCACAAGGACGGCCAAGACACAAAAUCUGGAAUCUUGUUCACAGAAAAACAGAUGCAGAACUGUAGAAUAAAGAACACAAGAGCAAAUAAAACACUGGAAAGCACCACAGAUAGCCCAAAUGAAGAGCACAAAGAGAAUACUGAUCAACAAAGUGCUCUUGAGACUUUUAGUUUUAGGGUUAAGUCAACCUUGUUUACCAACGAGAAAGUUGGCUCAUUUGUAAGUGAUGCCCAUCACAGAGUUAAGCGAGGGCCAAAACAGCUCGAACAAGCAGUAUUCUCAAACAGGCAGGACCAAGGAAUUACGUGCCCUUUGGUCAAGGACACAGACAAACGUGUUACUAUUAAUAGCACACCCCUAAAUCGUGCAGUUUCUGAACAGUCGCUUGAAUACCACAAUGACAGCCAAAGAGCAGUAGUCGAUAGUCUAAACUCGGAUGACAGUGAAGUUAUUAAUGAAAGGUUAGCGCGCUCCGGUCAGUAUCAAAAGAGGUUCAGUCUCCCCUACUGCGGGCGCCCUGAUAAGCUUCUUGCGCAGAGAGAGGAGAUCUCGCAAGAGAAUAUCCUACCUCGCCCUGCGGGGAUUUCUACGUUGGGGACCCGGUUACUUCGGAGGUUAACCGCCCCUGAGUUUCUGAGACUGGUAAAAGAGUUUCCGUCUGACUCUGAGUCCGGGAGAGGAAAGAUGUCUAGAUCAGAGACCUAUCCACUUUCCAAAACGCACCAGAAAGUCAACAAUCAGGCCAGCAUUGACAGCAUCAGCGGGGUUAAAUGUGAGUUUGAAAACAACGGAACCAACGUGGUUUAUUAUGUAUAAUAAUAUAAAUAAUGUUAUACACAACAGGGUAUGUUGAAAAUUAAUUUUACGGUAGCAAAAAGCUUAAUAUUUGAAGAAAGGCGGGGAUGCCUUUUUGUAAUUUGGAUAUUGUAUGUGGGAUACUCAAAUGCAGAUGGGAACUGUAAUAUGCCGGUACCCACAGUAUAGAUUAAAAGGGGUUAUGUUGGAAUGCAAAAAUAAGUAUAGAGAUGCAGUGUCCUUACUAUUUUGCAGAAAAAAAAACCCAACCAAACUGAGAUGUAGCUACUAAAAUCAGAGAAUGAAGCUUUUUGAAAUAUAAAUAUACAGUACGCUGUAUUUUAAACAUAUUUGUACAAAUGCAUUUUGCAAUAGCAUUUUUGGGUUAUGCAGAUAGGUUAUGUGAAUCGUCUACAAAUAAUAUUCAUGCUAAAAAGGCUUUUAAUUGUAAAAAGUCAGCCGACCUGUGUUUAAAAUUAGGUCCAUUCUAAAAAUGUUACUUCACAACAAAGCUGUCACAGCCAGUGCCACCCUCCACUUCUGUAAUAUGAGGUAUACUUUUCAAAUUGAUACAGUGUGUAUCAAACACGUUUGUCUUACUUUGGUAAAUGAAAUGCACAGUCUUGUACAGUCAUUUGUGUUUUGAUAAUAAAGGGUAACCUUUAGAUUGUGUUUAGCCUUUAGACUUACAAGCACAUCAACUGUACAGCAAGAACAUUGUUUUCUGUUGUCAAUGUCCUGUAUCUUUAAAAUAAAAUGAUAAUAAUAAUAAUAAAAAUUAAAACAACCAA